AUGUUAUUAGCUUCAAAUAAAAUAUUUCAAUUGUUUAAUUUGAAAAAAACAUGUUUAGCUUAUUAUUGUACAAAAAAUAAUAAACUUGGUAAAAUAAUUGAUACUACAACAUUAAAUUCUAUUAUUACAAAUGACAAAAAAGAUGAUGGAAUUAAAAUAUUAGAUUGUACAUAUGUUAAUGAAGUUAAACCAAAUCCAGAAAAAUUUAUGAAUGAUGAAUAUGGAAAAUUUGAUGAUUUAAUAAAAAAAGAAUCACCACAUAAAACUAUGUACAUGGAGGCACAUAUUCCUACAGCAUCAUUAUUUGAUAUAAAUUGUGCCAUGUAUCCAGGAAAAUUUGAAAGAUUCUCAUUUUAUCCAGAGAAUGAAUUUGAAAAAUAUAUACAAAAACUUGGUAUUAAUAAAGAUGAUCAUUUAAUUUUAUAUGGAAGAGGAGUUUUUGGAGGAAAUAUGUUUGCUGCAAGAUGCCUACGUCUUUUACAAUAUUAUGGGCAAGAAAAUAUUUCUUUAUUAAAUGGUGGUUUAGGUAAAUGGAUAAAUGAUGGAUAUCAAGUUGUUUCUGGGAAUGAGUUACCAAAAACUGAAGGAAAUUGGAAGUCAAAAAAAGGUUUAAAAGACAUGUUAAUAACAUUUGAUGAUUUAAUAGUUAAAGAUAAAGAUGGAAAAACAAUUUUUGAUAAAGCUGGUGAUGAAUAUACUUUUUUGGAUUCAAGACCACAUGAUCAAUUUGUUGCAUCAUUUAUUGAUGGUUCCAAUAAUCUUCCAGUUUCUAAACUUCUCAACAAAGAUGGAACAAUUGCUGAUAAAAAAGAAAUACUUACAUUAUUAAAAGAUCUUAAAAUAGAUACUACAAAACCAAUAAUAAGUUAUUGUAAUACAGGAACACAGGCAUCAUUAGUUAGUUUUAUCUUUGAAUAUCUUUUAGGAUUAAAAACUAAAUUAUACAAUGGUAGUUUGACUGAACUUUCUGAAAAAGACCCAGCUCGUAUUACAUCUUUUUAA